AUGGUGCGUUGUCAACAGACUCCACAGAGGAAAACUGUCCCGUAUCAAAUAUUUGUCAGUAAAGCUAAAAACAGCGGUCUGAAGCGUGUGCUCUUCGGCUAUCUGACGGGGUUGCCGCUUUCUGGGAAAGAGCUGCCCGGCCUCCGCAGGGGAGCAGCCUCGGGGCUGCCGCUUCUCGGCUUUCGAGUGGCCCCGCUGCCACCAUCGAAGCGCGCCGACAGUAAUAAGUGUGAGACAUUCCCGUUGGCUACACGGCUUAAUAUUGUGUGCGUGGGGCUCUCUCCAGAUGGAAGUCUUGCCAUACUAAUUGAUGAAGAGGGAGCUGCCUUGCUUGUCAGUUUGAUCGGUAAAUGUGUGAUACAUCACUUUUAUUUUCACAAGCCAGUUCACAGUGUCAGCUUUUCCCCUGAUGGCAAGAAAUUUGUAAUUACAAAAGACAAUGUUGCUCUUAUGUACCAUGCUCCUGGGAGGAAACGAGAAUUUAAUGCGUUUGUUCUGGACAAAACUUAUUACGGUCCAUAUGAUGAAACAACUUGUAUCGACUGGACUGAUGAUUCCAAGUGUUUUGCAGUAGGGAGCAAGGACAUGUCUACAUGGGUGUUUGGAGCAGAACGAUGGGCAAACUUGAUCUACUACUCGCUUGGAGGGCAUAAGGAUAUAAUAGUAGCCUGCUUUUUUGAAGAGAACAGUCUAGAUCUGUACACAAUUAGCCAGGAUGCAGCUCUCUGUGUGUGGCAGUGUGAUACAGAGCUCGAUGGUUUGAAGCCCAUGCCCCCUAAAGAUGCAGCUAGGGAAGAGAAUGCAGAAAAAAAUGAUGAAGAGUUUCUUGAAGAACCGAAGGGUGAAGAAAUUCGUGGGAAAGCCAAUCCAAAUGAGCAAGAGACUAGAGAUAAGGUUAAAUAUUCACGUGUUGCAAAGUAUUUUUUCAAUAAAGAGGGAGACUUUAAUAACCUGACAUCUGCAGCUUAUCACAAGAAAACACACCUUUUAGUCACUGGUUUUGCCUCUGGAAUCUUUCACCUCCAUGAGCUUCCAGAUUUCAAUCUGAUCCACUCCUUGAGUAUUUCAGACCAAAGGAUAGCCUCGAUUUCUAUCAACUGUACUGGUGACUGGAUUGCCUUUGGAUGUUCAGGUUUGGGUCAGCUCCUGGUGUGGGAAUGGCAAAGCGAGUCCUACGUGCUGAAGCAGCAGGGACAUUUCAACAGCAUGGUUUCGUUAGCAUAUUCUCCAGAUGGACAAUACAUAGUAACUGGAGGGGAGGAUGGGAAAGUGAAAGUGUGGAACACUUCAAGCAGCUUUUGUUUUGUCACUUUUACAGAACAUACCAGUGGUGUAACUGCUGUGACUUUUACUUCCAACGGUUAUGUCAUUUUGAGUGCUUCCCUAGAUGGAACAGUGCGUGCCUUUGAUCUACACAGGUACCGCAAUUUCCGUACCUUUACAUCUCCACGACCAAGUCAGUUCUCUUGUUUAGCUGUGGACUCCAGCGGUGAGAUUGUGUCAGCUGGUUCCCAGGAUUCCUUUGAAAUAUUCAUCUGGUCAAUGCAGAGUGGAAGACUGCUGGAUGUCUUAUCAGGUCAUGAGGGCCCCAUCAGCAGUUUGUCCUUUAACCCAAUGAAAUGUGUUCUAGCUAGUGCCUCUUGGGAUAAAACGGUCAAGUUAUGGGAUAUGUUAGACAGCUGGAGAACUAAGGAGACACUAAUAUUGAACUCAGAUGUUCUUGUUGUUGCUUUCCGGCCUGACGGCAAGGAGCUUGCAGUUGCUGCUUUGAAUGGACAGAUAACAUUUUGGGAUCAUGAAAAUGCAGUGCAAACUGGCUCAAUUGAGGGAAGGCAUGAUCUUCAGAUGGGAAGGAAGGAGCUUGAUAAAAUUACUGCCAAACAAGCAGCCAAGGGAAAAUCUUUUACUACUCUGUGUUACUCAGCAGAUGGUCAGUCUGUUUUGGCGGGUGGAUUGUCAAAAUUUGUCUGUAUAUAUAAUGUCAAGGAACAGAUUCUUAUGAAAAAAUUUGAAAUCUCAUGCAACUUUUCUUUAGACGCAAUGGAGGAGUACUUAGAUCGGAGAAAAAUGACGGAAUUUGGCAGCAUGGCUCUGAUCGAUGAAGGGGCUGGAGGUGAAGAUGGUGUUGCCAUUCCUCUUCCUGGAGUAAAAAGAGGUGACAUGAGUUAUCGACACUUUAAACCAGAAAUAAGAGUAACUUGCCUGCGAUUCUCUCCUACAGGACGAAGCUGGGCAGCCACCACCACAGAGGGUCUUCUUAUCUAUUCACUGGACUCUGGGCUAAUUUUUGAUCCUUUUGAGCUGGAUAUUGAUGUCACACCCAGCAAUAUACACAAAACACUGCAUCAGAAGGACUACACUAUGGCUAUCAUCAUGGCCUUCAAGCUGAAUGAGAAGAAAUUAAUUCAGGAGGUCAUAGAGGCUGUACCUAGCAAUGAAAUUGAUGUUGUCUGUUCAUCACUCCCAGACCUGUACGUGGAGAAAGUAUUGGAGUUCCUGGCCUCUGCAUUUGAGAUAUCUUGUCAUUUAGAGUUCUAUCUUAUUUGGGCUCAUAAGUUGCUCAUGCUGCAUGGGCAGAAACUGAAAACAAGGUCAGUGAAGCUGCUCCCUGUGAUUCAGUUCCUUCAGAAAAGCAUCCAACGUCAUUUUGAAGAUGUUUCCAAACUCUGCGAAUGGAAUAUCUACAAUAUUAAAUACGCAUUGGCCGUUUCACAACAGCGGGGCAUGAAACGUCUGGCAGAAGAAACAUUGGUAGAUGAAGACGACUUGGAUUCUGACAGUGAUUAUCUUAUGCAAGAAGUUCAUAAAGACAAUCUUAGUUCCUAGUUACUCUUCGUGGGAGGGAGAAAACCUAAGACAAAGUAAUUUUAUGCAGUGGUAUUCACUGAGAGUGAGUGGCCCUCAUAGUGGCAUAUUUUAACUCUUUUUAACAGUGUGGAUGGAGUUACAUGUGAGUUAUAGAAGUGGGUGAAAUGUAGGAUAGACAGAGUGCCAUCUGUGGUGUAUUUGGUGUACCCUUUGGCCAUAACAGCUUGACAGCACUGAUUUCUUGAUUCAUUGAUUUCUUUUUUUUACUCUUUCUGAUUUCAAGUAACACAAAAAUGUAGUCUUAUAUCAGUGAAGUCAGAAAUAUGACUGGAAGAAGUGCAUUCUUUAUGACAAAUGCAUUGUACAUAGACUAAGUAUUGUGAGUUAUUUGUAAUGCAGUCUUGUCAUACUUUGUGAUGGACUUUUUUUUUAAUCCUUUUUUACGUCAUUCUUAAUUGGAGGUCUACAUAUUGCUCUCAACUUGUUUCAAAUGUUGUUUUAAUUGGUUUUACUAUGUACAUAUUUCUGCAACACUGUUAGGAAUAAACCAUUUUUCUUAGUUCUAUAGCUUCCAAACCUGAUGAAGUUUCAAUAAUGAGGAUAAAUGAUAUACCUGUAACAACGAAUAUGGGAAAAAAAGUUUACUGUGCUAUGUAACUUCUGCAGGGGUUUAAUUAAUUAAUCCGAGAUACUGCAGUAAAAUUUUUUUUGGAAAUUGCUAACUCAAUCUAACUUAAACUGUAAGAGAACGUGUUACAAAUGUUUCUUUCUCUCAUGAAAGUCCUUUCUUGUCUUGUUUUUUUAAAAUGUUUUUAUUAACAUUUGAAAAUCUGAAACUUUUGGUUUCCUUGCUUUUGUGAAUUGGCAUGAGAAUUGGCUAAUAGCAACAGUGAGGUACUGAACAGAAAGAACUACAUCCAUGCUUGUGAUGCUUUCAAGCCACAUGUUGAAAGGGCUUUGUUAAUGAAGAUACUGCAAAUAUUAAUAAUGAGCCAGAAUUGAUUUUUUCAGUGUAUUCUUUUGGAUUUGUUUUCUGGUCUCUUUCCACUCUUGGAAGAGAGGAGAGGUAUGAAUAUUAAAAACUGCUGAAGAAAAAACAAAGUCCAAAAUACAGAGCAGGCACAUACAGUCAGUUUGUAGAAUAUCAUUAUACAAAAUAAAUAUGCACUUGCCACUUGAAUAAAACAUAGCAAAG